AUGAGUGUGGAAGUGUAUAGUGAAUGCCGUAUUCAACUGAGUCCAAUCACUGGUCAAAACAUAGAUUUCGCUCGAUGUCUCAUAGAAUUGCGUCAGUACGAUAUCGGUGAUUAUGCUUUACGAGCUAUUGAUUUGAAUAACCAUAAAUCAGAAAUUUUUACUUGUCCUCUUGUUGGCCGUAAUCAAUAUAAUUUUGCACCAUCAGUUAAACAACCUGAUAUGAUCGAUAUAACAAAUAAUACAUGCCGAUUAUGGUUAAAUAAAAACUCACGUGAUAAAUUUCAUGAAGUAUUACGAACAUGUCUGGAAGAAUUUAUAAUUGUUAAAGAUAACGAUAAUAAUCUUUCAUCACAACAGCAGAAUCAGCCACAGUCAAAAGCAUUGUUAAGCGAACUAUGUACAAAAGAAGAUGAACCUUAUUAUCGAAAUGAGGACCCAUUUGAGUGUAUUACUUGUCUGGAGACAAUUACAAAGGGUGAAGGAAUCUUAUUCUAUAAUUGUCUUCAUCCAUUCUGCAAACAAUGUCUGUUGAGAAUGAUUGAAACAUGCACAGAACCAAUAAUUAAAUGUCCACAUGACGAUUGUACUGCAUUUAUAACAGAACGAGAACUUCGAGGUGUAGCUAACGAUCAAAAAGCUGAUCAAAAAGUGAUCGAUCGGCUGAAUGACGUUAGUAUGCGUUUUGCUGCAAGCCGUAAUAAAACAUUCCAUUGUCGUGAAUAUCAAGAUAUGAAACUGCAAGAGACAAAUAACGAUAAUGUUCGUAAAGACACAGAACAUUUAGAAGCAAUGAUUAAAAAUAAAGAAGUCAUGUAUUGUCCUGGUUGUCGUAUUAUAAUUCAAAAAAUAUCUGGUUGUGAUUGGAUUCAAUGUAGUCAAUGCAAAAUAGAAAUUUGUUGGCCAACACAAGGGCCUCGUUGGGGUCCGAAGGGACGUGGUGAUACGUCAGGUGGCUGUCGAUGUCGUAUGGAUAAUGGCAAACUUUGCGUACCAAAUUCACCUGCUCGUAUUCAAACUCAACAGCCACAAGCGUAUUUUCGUCCAAUAAAUAAUAGUUUUAAUCUAUUACCUAGUGAAAAAGUCUAUCGUGAAUGGGACUAUCAUGAUAAUAUGUGUUGUUGUAAUAAUGCAAAUUAUACUGCUCUGACGGAUAUUCGACUGCUUACUCGGUAUGAAGAAAAUAUUUGUUCUGAAAAUUGUUCGGAACCUUCACAUACAGAUUCGGCUAUUUUCUUACGUGAUAUUGAUCAAAUGCGUGAAUGUCGUGGUGAACAACCAAGUUUUUUCUUUCUUCUUUGGAUAACGUUAGUAUGUGCAUGGCCUUGUUAUGUUAUACGUCGUGUUUUUUGUCCAAAACCAAAAUGUUUAGAAAUUUUCGGUUCAUUUGGUUCUGAAAUGGUGCGAAUUAAAAGAGAAGAUAUGCCAGUAGCUCAAGUUGAUAUAUCAACAGCGGUUAUUAAUAGCAAAUUAGUUGGUCGAUCCUAA